CCAUUGCGCGCCCUCGCCCCCGGCCUCGGCGCAACUGCUCUCAUCUCUCGGCGUGCGCACUCACCGGGGCGCGACUGCUCCGUCUAGUCUCUUCCUUCGGCGCGCGCGCAGCCCGCGGCGGCCGCGCUGGGCUGGCGAAAGGUUCUGCCCGCGCGAGGAACGAGGCAGCUGCCGACUGCUCGCGACGCCCGCGACGCCCGCUGACCAGCAUCGGGUGGCAGGGACGGCAAGGACCCCUGGCGCGCUGUUUUCUUCUGGCUGGGAGGAGUCGUCGUUCACCGCGGCCUGCACGCUUCACCGCACCGCAGCCCGCAGCGCCGGCCCGGGCCUUUUCGUAGACAGACCGUGAAUUGCUUCGCCCAUUGUAAAAGUUGAUCGCGUCUGCACUGAGCCCACUCCCGCAUGUCCUCCACCAUGGCCGACGAAGUCCGUCGCUCCGGCCGCGCGAACAAGGGCCACCAUACCAAGAACGCCGACGCCCUCGACGAGGCCAUCCUGCAGAAGCCCAAGGCGAAGGCGAAGGCGGAUAAAAAGGACAAGGCCGCGGAAAAGGGCCAGGCUGCGCGCUCGCAGUCGGCCCAGUCUGGCAACGACCACGACGACAACAAUAACGACAACGACGACGGCAACGGCAACGACGACGAGAAUGCCAUCAUCCGAUGUGUCUGCGGCGACCAGCGCGACAUCCUCAGGCGCAAGAUGAUCUGCUGCGACAAGUGCGAAGCCUGGCAGCACAACCGAUGUCUGAACCUCCCCGAGUCCGAUGAGUACUGGAACAAGCGCCAGUACUUUUGCGAGCAAUGCAAGCCCGAGGACCACGCCGAGCUUCUCGCUGCCAUGGCCCGUGGGGAGAAGCCCUGGAACCGGAAGAAGGGCCAGAAGCCCCCCAAGUCGCGCCCCAGCGAUGUAAAAGCGGAGACGAAACAGGAAAAAGCCAAGGUGCCUACACCUCCGGCCCAGCUUCCCGCACCCUCUGCCCCGGCCCCGGCCCCGUCUGCGGCUCAAGCCCCUCCUGCUCCUAGUCCCGCACCCAAAGACGCCCAGCAGGAGGUUACGAAUGGCCAAGCAGAAGCAAAGCCAAGCAAGAAAGAAUCUCCCAAGAGCCAGCCACAAUCACCGCUGGGCGAGAAACGACGGCAUGAAUCCGUCGCGGAAAAGGAUAGCUCCACCAAGAAGCGCAGAAAAUCGAGCGCCCAGCAUCAGGCCAAAGCGGCCCCACAAUCCGCUGUCGCUGCAGAUAUCAGCGCAUUACCUCACAAGCAAAGGGCAGUAGCAGAGAAGCUAAGGGAUACAAUCGUACCCAUGAUCAAUUCAGCCACAGACUCUCGUGGCUAUCGCGUACCAGACGGGGAGACUGCCAAAUCCAUCGCUACCCGUCUCGCCCUCCAGAUCGAUCGCGCCGCUACGGAGCAUCAUGGCGAGCCGGCUGGUCCCGAUUCGCCGUUUUUGCAGCACAUGCGUAGUAUCAUUUUCAACGUAAAGAAGAAUGCCAUUCUAGUCGACCGCUUGCUCUCUGGUAGCCUGACCCCGCAAGAGUUCGCCUCCAUGGCCCCCGAGGAAAUGGCGAGCGAGGAGAAGCAGCGCGAAUACGCCGCCCUGAGAGAGGCAGCUGAAAAACAGAUGGUGCUUACCGAGGAAUCCGGCCCCCGGCUCCGCAAGACUCACAAGGGUGAGGAAGUCGUGGGCGAAGAAGACAACGCGCCUAUCGACGAAGAGUUCAGGCCGCCGCCCCCUCGAGAUAGAGACAGCGUGUCAGACGAGAAGGUCCCACCUCAGUCCCCCCGCGACGAGCAGAUGACUGUGGAACUUCCAGAGGACAUGGGUAAGGAACGACGUGCGCCACUCUCAAUAGACACGGCAGACGCGCAAGCCGAUGGCGUCCGCCGCCCCUCCACCACGUUCGAUAUCAAUUUGGUUUACGACAAGGUUCGCUCCCCUCAGAACGAUCAACAAGCCUUCCUUCAGCGCCGCCAGAGCUCGAUAAGGGUCCAAGAAAAGCCAUCACAAGGCCCAGGAUUUGAUGCCGACGUUGAUCGAUUGCUCAAGGAUGAAGACAUGGACGUCGAAAUGUCCGGUUACUCUGCCGAUCCUACCAUCGUAUGGCAAGGGACAAUCAGCAUGCAGUCGCUGGAGCCAUUUGAUGCCGUCGCUCGAUUUGUCGCCGGUGGAGACUUCGGGCAGGUCGUUCCUUGGGACAAGCUGCUGACACCAACGUUACCCAUCCAAGGGCGCAUCGAGAAAAGUAAAGGCGACGAAUACAUCCGAGGUCUGGCAUCAAGCGGCACCCAUGAUGUGGGUGUGCUCGCCCUCAGCCCAGUCUCUCCCGAAGGACGCGAGGUCAUGGACACGCUGUAUUCUUAUUUCCAGCCACGAGGGCGCUGGGGCGUAGUUCCAGUGGACAAGCUCGGAAAUGAAGCGAUGCGCGACCUAUACGUUAUCCCAAUCGAGCCCGGACCCGGCAAUCUCCCGGAUUUCCUCGACAUGCUAGAGUACUGCACGAUCGAAACGCCUCGUAAAGAGCACAUGAUUCUUCUAGCUCUAAUCGCGAAGCUUCCGGAAACCAAACCUCAGCCACCUUUCGAGCAAUAUCUGCCACAGGACAUUGCAGCCGCCCCUGUCGCCCCACCAGCAAACGGCCCCACCAACGGACCAAGCCCAUCGCCGGUCAAUCCUCACGGUCCGCAAUACUCUCCCGUAGGCCCAAGCUUUCCUCCCAGCCACAAUUACGGGAACCCUUUUGGUGCGCCAAACAACAACGGACAUGCUCAGCAAAUGCCGAUGCCCGAUGCACCGCCACACCACCAGCCCCCGAAGGCAGUGGAGAUCUUUGGGCCUUUCAUCAACGUUCCGGUCGUCCAGUACUGUCUGACCAGCACAGGCUCCUCCAUGUCAGAAACGCAGAUGGAGAACCUCCGGGAGAUCGUGGAGCAUGUGCCCGAGGUGCGGAACGAUUUGACUCUGCUUGGUCGGCACAUGAAAGAGAAGGAGGCUAGGGCUAGACAGGCUCAGCCGUGAUGGGAAAACCAGGGUAGAGAAUCUGGUAUCUGGUGAGGAUGAGGAAUGAUUAGGUUCUUUCUUAAAACACUUUUGUAUCCUUUCGCUUUCGCGGCGCGCCGGAGUAUCGUCGGUGUACAGGUUUAUGCGGUGGCUGCUAUCCAAUCGAUACCCCAUAUGCAGCUCGAUGGGGAGGAUGGGGGUUCAAUUUAGUUUGACUGGAUAUUUACUGGUUGGAAAUCUACAUGUUCUAUCUUUCUGCUGUGUGUGGACGAGAAAAUCCUUUCUACUAUUGUUUCCAAUGAAUGUGUUAUCUCGUACUAAUGAAAUUGCGCUCUGAGCCUCAUUUCUUUCGGUCGUCUUUGUAGAACCCGGAU